UUGCUUCGUUUCCCUAUAUGCCCAUUUGCACAACUAUUAAGAUCAUUUAAGGUCCGUUUUCACCCCUCUGUAGAUGGCUUGAGUCGCUUGGACCAGCACGUUGCCACUGCGGCUACCAGAGACGGUCUGAAGUUUCUGGACGCUUUGUUAGAAGGCAGCGACUGGACACGUCAUGAGGUGAAGCCUGUCGAUCCUCGCAUUGGUUACCUUGAGAGGAUAGCUCAUUUUCUGCAUACGCGCGAGCCUACGGUCUCUUUCAACUGUCGAAGUUUGGACCUCAUUUGGUCGCUUCAUCCGGAAUCACAUUCGAACGGGAAACUCGACAAGUUCCUAGCGGAUGUUCGUUGUUCGCUUCACAAUCACUCCAUUGCAACCGCGAUAAUUGCGAAAGUACAAACGGAACCCAGUAAAACAGGUGCUGUUGGUCAGCAAGUAGAAGUGCUUUUCAAUAAGAAUGAACUCGUAUGGCCGCUAUUGCGGUUGUCUUUACCGAAGGACUCGGAUUAUUUACUAGCUGGUACGAUAGAGGAUUGCUGGCAGGUAUCGUUAUGGUUUUACGUGCAUUAUGAGAUAAAAGGGAGCAGAAAAGGAGAAGUACUGAUUGCAAUAUUUGUUUAA